AUGGCCUCACCUAGCGACAUCCGCGACGUCACCCUCACCUCCACAUUCUGGACCUCAAUGCAAACCCGUUCUCGCGACAUCACAAUCCCAGCAAUCAUUCACGCCCAAAAAUCCUUACAGCAUUGGUACUGUCUAACAUGGAAGGAAGGCCACGAGAUCAAACCGCAUCCGUUCUGGGACUCGGAUAUCUACAAAGUCACAGAAGCGGCUUGCUAUUUCCUGCUGAAGAAUGAUGACGCAAAUUUGCGACAGGAAGUUGAGCAGGCUGUUGAUAUGAUUCGUUCUGCGCAGCAUGAGGACGGGUAUCUGAACUCGUACUACACCGUCAGGGACAUAAGCAAGAGGUGGACGAAUGUGAGGGAUAUGCAUGAGUUGUACUGUUUGGGCCAUUUGGUGGAAGCCUGCGUUGCGUACGAGACUUUGACGCGGAGUGGACGACUUUUGGAACCAGUCAUGAAGGCGUUGAGACAUGUCGAUUCGGUAUUUGGGCCCGAAGAAGGGAAACUCCAUGGGUACCCCGGUCACCCGGAAAUCGAGUUGGGAUUAUUGCGACUUUAUGAUCUCACACAUGAUCCUUUACCUCUCAAAUUGGCAAAAUAUUUUAUCCUGGAACGAGGCCAGAAAGACGAGAAUGGUGAGAUCUUUUAUGAUCAUGAAGCUAGAGCCCGAGGAGGUGAUCCAUAUGAUCAUAUGAGUGCAGAAUUGCCGAAUCCUUACCAUUAUCCUAGGUACUACGAAUACCAACAGGCACAUGCCCCGAUUGUUGAACAGGAUGAAAUCAAGGGCCAUUCAGUCCGUGCAAUGUACUUUGUCACUGCAGCCACGGAAUUGGUUCGUUUGACUGGUGACGCUGAAGUCAAAGCAGCCCUUGACCGUCUGUGGCGAAGCACAGUCGACAAAAAGAUGUAUAUCACCGGCGGUAUCGGCACACUACGGCAGUCAGAAGGAUUUGGCCCAGAAUAUUUCUUGAGUGACACCGAAGAGAGCCAUGCCUGCUAUGCCGAGACGUGUGCGACUUUUGCCUUGAUCGUAUGGUGCUCCAAGCUAUUGCGCCAGGAGCUCAGGGGUGAGUAUGCCGAUGUUAUGGAAGUGGCUUUGUAUAACGGGUUUCUGGGAGCGGUCGGUCUGGAUGGCAAAUCGUUCUACUAUCAGAAUCCACUGAGAACGCUUACUGGGCGAAAGAAGGAACGCAGCACCUGGUUUGAGGUCGCUUGUUGUCCACCAAAUGUUGCAAAGCUCCUGGCACAACUCGAGACGUUGAUUUAUUCUUAUCAGCAAGAUCUUGUUGCUAUCCAUCUCUGGAUUGCGAGCGAUUUUACUAUCCCGGAGAGUGAAGGCACCAUCGUUUCACAAAAGACUAAUCUCCCCUGGUCUGGUGACAUUGAGCUCAAGAUAUCAGGACCAAAAGCAGUGAGACUUGCACUGCGAAUCCCCGAUUGGGCAGCAUCGAACUAUACAUGUUCGUUAUCAGGUGGUGACCUCAAGGACGGAUAUCUCUAUCUCCCAGCCGUGACCAACACAACCAUCAACUUGACCUUCCCUUUACAACCACGCAAGGUUUAUGCACACCCCAAGACAGGCAAAGACGAGAUAUGUAUUAUGCGCGGGCCAUUGGUCUACUGCAUUGAGGACGUUGACAAUUCCGGCGUUGACAUUGAUCACAUCGCCUUGAUCGAUGGCCCUGUGGCCGAUGCCCCGGCCGCAACAAUUGCUGACGUAGAGGACGUGGUGACUGUCAAUUCGCCCGGGAGGGAAUUGGUCAAUACCAAUUGGUCAUCGUUAUACAGUUCUGAGGGGUGGAAAUAUGGCGAAUCGACUAAAGACUUGACCUUUGUGCCAUAUUUUCUGAGGAUGAAUCGGGGUGGUAAUGGUGGGAUGAGAGUGUGGGUGAAGAGGAUAUCAUCCUAA